CUUGGUCCUUUUUCAAUCCAAAUCUUCUCCUCUCACUUUCUCUCUCUAGAAAAAACCAGAGCAGAAUACCUGCAAUAUGGAGUUGGGUUUAAGCUUAGGAGAUACAUCAAGACCAUUUGGAUGCAGUACUGAUAAAAAUCGCAGUAAGAUGAUGAAAAAUAAUAAGGGUUUAGGGUUUUGCAUGGCUUUAGGAGUUGGUUAUAAUGGAAGAGAUGAAGAAGAAGAAGAAGAAGAAGGAGAUGAUGAGAAAAGUUCUGAUGAACAAAGAACUGAUAAUGAUAAUAAUGAUAGUGGGAGAAAUGUUUCUUCUGCAGAUCCAGUUCAACUUAAUCUUCUUCCUUUAGUACCUUUUACUCGUAAUCAAACUGGGUUUCCAUGGUCAUCAGAAAACGGAAACUCAGAUGCGGGUUCAAGAGGAUUUGAUGUUAAUCGCAUACCAGCGUCUGCGGAGGAACUUGAUGAUGGUGCUGCAAUAUCUUCUCCGAAUAGUACUAUUUCUUCUUUUCAAAUAGAUUUCUCCAUGUACAGAAAUGGAGGAAAUAGUAAAAGAGAUUCAGAAAUUGCUGGAUUAAAUGAUGGUGAUAAUGAAAGAACUUCUUCCAGAGCUAGUGAUGAGGAAGAAAAUGGUUUAGCCAGAAAGAAGCUUAGAUUAUCUAAAGAGCAAUCAGCUUUUCUUGAAGAAAGUUUCAAAGAACAUAAUACUCUGAAUCCAAAACAAAAGGUUGCUCUAGCAAAACAACUUAAUCUCAGACCUAGACAAGUUGAAGUCUGGUUUCAAAACAGACGAGCAAGAACAAAACUGAAGCAGACAGAGGUUGAUUGUGAAUAUUUAAAGAGGUGUUGUGAAACAUUAACCGAAGAAAACAGAAGAUUACAAAAAGAUAUACAAGAAUUAAGAGCUUUAAAAACUUCAAAUCCAUAUUACAUGCAACUUCCUGCUACAACUCUUACUAUGUGUCCUAGUUGUGAACGUGUUGCUACCACCACCACCAACUCUGGCUCUACUGCAGCAGCAACAGCACCACCCACCACCACAACUACAGCUCCAACAACCGCAACAACUAAUAUUCAGAAUAGUAAUCCCUUCUCUCACAAGAAACCUAGGUUUUAUCCUUUCUCUCAGCCACAUCAUGCUUCUGCUGCGUCAUAAACAGCUCGGAAUGCCCUUGUUAGUGGUAUUUCUUGUUGGUCGGGGGUUUUGAUUAUUAGUUCAAACUUCAAACCAACCAAUGGCAGUUUUGUAAAUACACCAACUUAAUUUUCAUCUUUUUUUUGGUGGUUUAUUUAUUAUUUUGGUAGUGUUUUAUUUUUUUUUGUUCUGUUUGUUUUGUUUGGGUUUUAAUGGUGAGAGAACCAGAUUUGAAGUUGGGUUUAUUUUGCUUCCUUCUUCUGGGCUGUGUGGGAAAGGUAGAAUAUUUACUGAGAUUUUAGAGAGGGGGAAAGAUAGAAUCAUAGAACAGACUACAGAGAGGAUGAUAGAACUUUCCUUUCUUUGGGUUAUUAGAAAAUCUUGACAAAUUAUUAUUGUAUUAAAUUUUGGAAAGGAAAAUAUAUGAAAAGAUUUUUUUUUUUAA